CUUUUAGUGAGCGCCCUACUUCGUCGCUCAUCGCCGCCGCGCGUCAUUCCUCUUCUUUUGGCGUUUCCAAGGCGUUUCUCGCUUUCAGCGUCGCUCUUUUGGCGCUCUUACACUCUCGCUUUCUCCAAAUCGCAAGAUUCUGCGCCUGGAAGCUGUCCCUCAGCUGCAAGCCCUACCGUGCGCGAAACAGCGGCCGUUUCGUCAACAAUCCUCCAGCCCUCCUCGGUCCCCCGAGCGUCAUUCCUCUUCUUUUAGCGUUACUCGCUUUCAGCGUCCGCUCUUUUCGCGCUCUCUUCGCAACAGAUCGUCAUCUAUAUGCACAGUACUCCAGCUGCAGAGCUCAUCAUACAAUGAUUCUUUUCACUCCCCCCACCACCGCCACCCGCACUCGACAACGUCCGACUUCCGACUCUCUCCGACAACCACUCAACGCCGCUGGGGUCGCCACCCGCCUUUCGCUCGCCUCUGGCUCUGAAUCUCCUUUCAAUUUCUUCUCAACUUCCUCCCAUUGUGACUAUCAUCUUGCUCUAUCACUCGCUCGCUCCUGGAUCUUCCCUCAAAAAUCUGUCCCAUCUAAACCCCUUUUGACUACCAAGCCCUACGGCGCACCACAAACGAAGGUCAACAAAGGCGGACGUCCUCCAAAAACACCCCCCACCAACACUCCUCCAGCCCUAUGGUCUCAUCCGGAGGGCAAUGUCCCCCAGUACUUACCGAGAGUGCUAGACCCCUCUCGCUUCUGGAUCUUCCCUCAAGAAUGUCGAAAUCUGCCCCAUCAUAACCCCUUUGGACUACCAAGCCCUACGACGCACCACGAACGAAGGUCAACAAAGGCGGACGUCCUCCAAAUAACGAUUUUAGUGACAGACUUACGGCUGCGUAGCAUCAUGACUGCUCAUGCAUAUUCUCCCUCUGCCCUCACCCUUCUUGUUAGUCUUCGAGCUACUGCCGUCUCCUCUUGCGUCACCUCAGACAACGAUCGAUCCUCCUUUGCCCCUGCCCAUCACUUCCCUACGUCACCUUCCAUAUAUACCCCUCCCAGGGGGCAUGCUGCUUUCAUCCUCGCCGCUGGUGAACAUACUUGUUCUCAAAGUUGCUUUGUCGAUGUUGGUCAAUUCGAGGCCGUAGGUUUGGACCCUGCUUUGGAGCAUGGCGACAGGCUGCGUGCGCGACCCCUCACUUUGAGGUACGGGGAUCUUCCUUUCAACCGCGGUGCCAUGAAGGAGCUCCUCAACACAUGGGCUUCGUCUGACACCACCUCUGGCAGAUGGUUGCCUUACUAUCGCAAGACUUUUACCGACAUCCACUCCUUCCCUCCAGCUACUGCGUGUUCACGGUGGCUCUCAACGCCUUCAACCGAGCUGCUCGAAACCAUGUUUGCUCUUUCCGCUGCAUGA